AGCUCUUUUUAAUAAUCACUUAUGUUCUCUAUUUAAUUAUAUUUAAAUUUUAGAUAUUUUGCUUAACAUAGUAAAUUUUAAUUAUAAAAAUGAGUAAAGCAGGCCAUUCAGGGGGGAGAAACAAAACUGUAGUUGCCAAUUUAUUUAUACCUAUGAACCAAAUUAGCAAAAUGGAAAGAGUUAAAUGUUCCUUUUGCUUUGACAUAAUGUCGAAAAAUGGAACUCGAAUGACUAAACAUAUUGAAAAGUGUCGAAAAUGUCCUGGUGAAGUAAAAAGUCUAUAUGCAAAUAAAUCAGGUCAUAGUCAAAAACAGCAAGACUCUCCUGCAGAUGCUGAACCAAAAACAAAAAAUCCUCGAUCAGAUACUUUUGGAACAUCCUUUUCUGAAUCAAUUUGUAGAAGUAAAACACCAAGUUCCAUGUUUAACAGCAUGACAAAAACUGAAAAGGAAUUGAUUGAUACACACCUAGCAAGAGCAAUAUAUGCCAGUGGAUCCCCACUCCAUUUAGUAGAAAAUAACUAUUGGAAAAUCUUUUUGAACAAGUUACGUCCUGCUUAUAAGCUUCCAUCAAGGCAUGAAGUGUCAAACGUAUUAUUAGAUAAUGAAUUUUCAAAGAUUUCAGCAAAUGUUAAAGAAAUGGUAGCAACUGCAGAUUAUCUUGGAUUGAUGUGUGAUGGAUGGAGCAAUUUAAGAAAUGAAGCAAUUAUUAACUUUGUAAUGACAUUGCCUUCUUCAUCACCCAUUUUGUGGAAGACAUUGCCUACAGGAACAUCAAGCCAUUCUGGUGAAUAUAUGGCAAAUGAAAUAAAGAAAGUUUUAGAAGAAAUAAAUCCUAACAAAGUUUUGGGCAUUGUGACUGACAAUGCUGCAAAUAUGAAAAAUGCAUGGACUCGUCUAAAAGAUUGUUAUCCCCAUCUUCAUUGCUAUGGAUGCAUUUCACAUGGUUUAAAUUUGCUGUUUACAGACUUUUUAAAAUUGGCAACUUUAAGUGUUUUAAUGUCACAAGCAACUGAUAUUGUUAAAGAGAUAAAAAAUUCUCAUUUAUCUGUUGCAGCAUUUAGAGAUAUACAAAAAAAGUCAGCUGGUGUAGUAACAUGCAUUACAUUGAAACUACCAGUACGGACUAGGUGGGGAUCAACUGUAGCAUGCUUAGAUAGCAUACAGAAAAAUAAGCAACCAUUAAAAACAUUGGCUAUUUGUGAAAACAGUGGGCUUAAUUCAGCAACAAAAAAUAUUCUUCUAUCAGAUAUUUUUUGGGACAGGGUUGAAGGUUUUUUCAAAUUGCUGUCACCAAUAGCUGAUGCAAUAAAGAAAACUGAAUCAAGUGCUCCCAUGUUAUCUACUGUCGUGGAAACUUUUCACUUCUUGGAAGAUCACAUUUUUAAAAAUUUAACAGUUAGCCCAUUCUCAAAAAAGGAAGAAGAAGAAGCCAAAAAGAUUUUCAAAAAAAGAAAAGAAUUCUGUUUAACAGAAAUUCACUUGGCAGCCAAUAUACUAGAUCCCAAAUUUCAAGGCAGAGUCUUGACUGGAGAACAAAAGAUUGAUGCAUGUGAGGUGAUACAUAACAUUGCUGCAAGUAUGCCUGAAGUAAACAAAGAAAUUAUGAUGUAUGAUUUGGCUAAUUACCAAUCAAAGGGUGGUAUAUUUUCAAAACCCUUUAUUUGGACUGCAGUUGGAAUAACUCAACCUAUAAAUUGGUGGAAAGGGUUGUGUUCCUUUACUGAAUUAUCAAAAGUUGCAUCUAGAAUUCUUCAGCUACCAGCUUCAAGUGCACCAUGUGAGAGAAGUUUUAGCACUUAUUCUAACAUUCAUAGUGCAAAAAGAAAUUGUUUAACGACUGAAAGAGCUGGAAAACUAGUUUUCAUUUCACAAAAUUUAAAACUGGAAAAUAUUGAAAACACCAGUUAUCAAAAUAGUACAAGCAUAACUACUCCUCCAAUUAAUAACUCGAGUGUAAAUAAAGUUCUAAGCACUUCAGCGCCUUGGUCAGAGUCUGAAGCGGUUUAUAUAGAAAGUGACAGUGACUUAGUUUAUGAAUCAUUAGAUGAAGAUAGUCUUGGGCAGGAAGACUCGGACUCAGAAAGCACAUCCAUUUAGAAUAUCUUUUAUAGUUUAAAUACAUGAUAAAAUUACUA